GCGGGAGGAGGAGGAGGCGGAGCCGGAGCCGUGAGGCGGGCGGCGGGAACAGCUCCUGAGUGAGGGGCGGGGCGCAGCGCAGCCGCCAUUGCGGGAGCCGCGGCCUUUGGCGGCCUCCGGAGCGGUGGGUGCCGAGUCCGCGCUGGGACCCUCAGGGGCUGGGGGUGACGGGCCCGCAGGGGGAACAGGGACCCCUUUUCCGUGGGCACCGACCUCCUGCGGGUUGGUUUUUUUUUUGUCAAUAAAAUUAGCGGAAAUCAUAAAACUCGCCUUAACGUGUAUUUGUCUCCAUGGAGAGUUCUCUGUGAGUAUUGCUGGGCCAAGUGGAAAAAUCGCGUGAGGAGACAGAUGACCCCCACAGUUUCAAGUCAUACAAGAAGGCCCUGAUGUUGUCCUAGUGCUGUUCCUCUACCUCAAGCCAGCAUGUCGAAGAAAUCCAAAGCCCCGCUGUCCUUGUCCGACUGCCUGUGCCAGAUUUGCAUGGAGAUCUUUGUGGAGCCUGUUACGCUGCCAUGCAGCCAUACCCUGUGCAACUCCUGCUUCCAGAUGACAGUGGAAAAGGCCAGCCUUUCUUGCCCCUUCUGUCGGCGUCGGGUUUCUUCCUGGGCACGCUACAACACCCGCAGGAACACUCUGAUCAACUGGGAGCUCUGGGAGAAGAUUCAGAAGGAUUACCCGGAGGAGUGCGAGCGCAGGAUGAACGGACAGGAUUUGGAUGAGGAAAUCUGUGUCCCCAAGCCACAGCACCAGCUGAGCAAGCCUGGGGAGCUGAGGCAGGAAUAUGAAGCAGAGAUUAGUAAGGUGGAGGCAGAAAGGCGAGCACACGAGCAGGAGGAGAACAAAGCCAGUGAGGAGUACAUCCAGAGGCUGCUGGCUGAGGAGGAGGAGGAGCACAGGCUGGCAGAAGAGAGAAGGAAGGAGAUGGAGAAGCAGCUGAAGCAAGAUGAAGAGCUGGCCUGGCAGCUCAGUAACAGCCUGAAUGAAGAUCCUGAGGGACACGUGCCUGGCAGCCCAUCACCAGCACACAGCCUCUCCCUUCAGACAUCCCCACUGCUCCUGAGCAAGGCAAAGAACAAACCAAGCAACUCUGGAGACAUUCAGAAGUAUCUGUCUCCAAAGAAUUCCGGUAUGUUGGGAUCAGCAUUGUUCUCCAGUACCACAAAAAGAGGAGGGAGCAACUCUAUCUCUGGGGAGACCAACAGCAAUGAAGGCAGCAGUUCUGCAGGGCAGGAUGAGCAAGAGGAAAUGCCAACCCUGUCUCCACAGCUGACCAGUGUAAAUAAAGAUUCUGGAACUAAGGAUUCAUUUCUGGAAUCGUGCAUGAACUAUUUCAGUGCCUCAGCUUCAGGUGAAACUGCCACAAAGCAGGAAGAAGCACCAGGACCAAAUGGUUUAGAAGAUGGAGUUCCAGAUGCACUUCAUGGAACCACAGAAGGGGAAGGGUCUAGGACAGUUCUUCUUAGAUCUAAUGGAGAUGAUGAUGGAAUUGAGUCCGACAGUGGCAAUUUGACACAUGAACAAAGGGUAAACCUUGAAGAGGCUGAUGAGACUUGUACCUCUGGUCAGUUAGGAAUGAAUUGUGUGAUGUCUGACAGCCAGACCGUGUUGCCUGGUCUGGGGAAGGAGGCUGGACACUCAAAUGCAGAGACACCAGAAAGGCCACAGAACUCUAGGGAGACCCCCAAAAGGAAGCUAUUGGAAGCCCCAGCUGAUGCCAUGAUUGACUUGGACAUGCUUGAUAAGAGGAGAAGAACCUUUUCAGAAAGUGCAGAAGACCAAGGAGAGCAGAUGGAUGAUUUUAACUUGCAGACACAAAGAGCCUUUGAGCAGGAGUUCUAUGAGAGGCGCAGGCAGGAGGAGCAGGACAGGCUCUUGGCCCUGCAGCUGCAGAAGGAGCUGGACAAGGAGGAGAGGACACUGAACAGGCAGAAGGGAUCUCCUGACGAGUAUCUGCUUCGUACCAAACCACCUCCUCGCUCUGGGAAAGACUCUGCUGCCAGGAAGGGAAGCUCCAAGGGGACAAAAGACUCAAAGGGAUCAAGAAGUCAGGCUGAAACCAAUCACCACAAAUCUAGGAAAGGUUCCUGCAAUGAAAACUGGCAGUCACCUGCCAGGGUCCGGGUGAAAUCCCCCAGCAUCAAGGAAGGAAAGGUUUUGAAUUGUGUGGUUAAUACCAGUGACACAAAUGAUAUUUGUUCACUGCCUAAGAACAAGCAAAAGACAAUCCUGCAGAUGUUUAAAAGCCCUGUUGCAGAGUAGAUCAGAGCCAUGGACACUUGGUGGAGCGGGAAUGGAAACAGUGAUGUUCUCCUGUGCUGGCAAAGCUUCCCUAUGCAGUUUUGAGUGGUUGCCUUGGAGGGGAACCACUUUGGGCAGCAGUUCUGUGAGUUCUGAGAAGUUUUAGCAACAUACACCGCCAGAAUGUAACAUUUUUUAAUUGUUCCUUUCUUGAAUUAUUGUUUUUUUGCACUUGCAGCACUUCUUGCAGAAAUGGGAGCAUUUCUUAUUUUCUAACUUGCAUUUACAUGGUGUGGAGUGUGAAUACUGGUAGUUGGAAAGCAAUAAGUGAUGGUCUGAUCUGGAAAUGAGAGUCCAAAGGCUUUGAUGGAAAAAGUGCACAUUCCAUGGAGGAAACAAAUGAAAAACGAGUCUCUAUUCCCAGCUGGCUGUCAGCUGCAAGGUUGAAGCUUCCCUCACACAAGCACUGUUCUGUACAUUGAAGCACCUUGCUGCAAUUGCAUUGUUGGCACACGCACUGACAGGAGUGUGAGCAGACAGCCACUCUUUCCUUCUCAAUGCUGACCCUCCCUUCAACAAAAAGGAAACAAACAGAUCAUUCUCCACAGCCAAAGCCAAGAAUCUUCCAUGGAUGCCAAGGCUGUGGGCUCCCAUUCACCUCUGCUCACAAAGAUCCCUCCUGCAGGUCCCAUUUUCCCUGUUAAGAACAAGAUACUUUGUUUUCUUGUUGUUAAUGUCCUGUUAAUGAUACAUAUGAAUGUACAAUGGUGUUCCUAUACUUUAUGCAGUUUAAUUUUCAUACUCAAACUGGUUUGAGUGUGAUUAAAACAAUAUUCCAAAGCCAGUUAUGAUGGAGAAAGUUAAAAGGGAAAGAAGCAACUGAAGACUAGAGUUGUCAGUAAUGACAUAACUGAAUUAGAAAUUCACAUAACUGCCUUGCCUGGCUGUAACUGUUCCCCUCCAUUUUUAGAGGCACUACUAAAUACUGUUCCUGUUGGUUUUAAAACUAAAAUAACUCAAAAAAUUUUUUAAUUUAAACAUGGAGGUGCUGAGGCCUGUAGGAAGUUGAGGCUGGGGAAAAGGCAACCAGAUCCUACUAUGCAGAGGAAGUUUUCUUGCUAAUUGUUCCAUCUGUUUUAUGAAGCCAUAUUUUGGCUUUUCUUUGCUUCUUUGGAGCUACUUUUGCACUGUCUGUGUUUGAAAUGGAGCCAAGUGCCAGCUGCAGUCCUGAAGGGUUUGUGUUAAUCAUCAAAGUCAGCAGAUGUUUGAGUUCUGUCCAUUUUUUGAACACCGUUGAUGACUUUAAUUCUGUUCUAGGACAUUCAUGCCAGAUUUGUUUCUUCAGCAGCAUCUUCUGAUGGUUUAAGUUUUAAACAAACAAGUUUUAUGGAAAGCAUGACCAGCACACUGAGCCAAAAAUAUGAUUGUUGGGAUUUUUUUUUCCUCAGGGCCUGCACAUCUCUUAUCAUUGGUGGGCUCCUCAUAAAUAAAUAAAUAUUUGUUCUGUUCAGAGAUGUUUUUUGAGAAAGUUACAACAGGUGACCAGUGGCAAAUCCUUUGCUUUUUCUCCUGUUGCCUCAGCCAUUGUUCUGGAAGCUUUCCUUCAAUAUGGGUCUGUUUUUCCUUAAUCCUUAACACAGUUGGGAUUAUUUUCUGAUUUACCCAUGAUGUCAAAAAAAAAAUUAAUUAAAGGGGUUUUUUUUAAGGCAGA